UUCAGUUGUGAUACAAAAGUCAGUUUAGUGUUGUCUCGAAGUUGUGUAAAAGUUUAAUUCUUUUUGUUGGAAGUGUACAGCUCGGUUUGCCGUUGAUAUUAGAGAAACAUCUAGAAAUAUCGAAACUUUUUCGGAUUAAGUUAACCAUAGAAAUCAAUAUUUUUACUAGCUCCUACGAAAAAAAAAUCGCGCGUACAAAUACUAGGUUAAGAGACGAGACCGAUCUGAGGAAAUGGUAAAGGUGAAUUGUUACAAUCGAGGCUGUGGCCAGAAAUUUGACCCCGAAGAUAAUAAAGAUGAUUCGUGUUUGCAUCAUCCGGGUGUUCCGUUCUUUCAUGACGCAUACAAAGGAUGGUCAUGCUGUAACAAAAAGAGCGUUGACUUCACGCAGUUUAUGGAUAUAAAAGGAUGCACCAGAAGCAAGCACUCCGAAGUAAAACCUCCAGAGCCGGAAAAGCCACCGAAACAGGAAAACGAAGAGGAAAGACCAGUGGCAAAAAUUCCAGAACCAGUAAAACGGGAUGCGCUCGUCCGGCCACCAUGGGAGAGUCCGCUCACAUUUUUAGAGCCCAUUGUUGCACCAGCCGUUAAGAAACAAAUAGACGAACUUCCAGCCACUGCGGUGGCGACGAAGAAAAAUACUAUUGAUCCGUCGCAAAUCCCUCUCGGAACAGUGUGUAAGCAUGUGGGCUGCAACUAUGUCUAUGAGGCAAAUCAAAACGACGACAAAGCCUGCGUGUUUCAUCCUGGCGUACCCAUUUUUCACGAGGGAAUCAAGUAUUGGUCCUGUUGCCAGAAAAAAACCUCCGAUUUUACCGCAUUCAUGAAUAUUGUUGGAUGCGAGACGGGAAGUCACAAGUGGAUAAGCGAAGAUGACGAAUCGAAAGCUAUCAAAUGUCGUCUAGAUUGGCAUCAGACCGCUACGCAGGUAGUGGUUACGGUAUUCGCAAAAAUGUACCAUUACCAGAAGAGUACCGUUCAGUUGAAUCCGAUUCGGCUCGCCAUUUGCCUAGUGUUUCCACAGCAGGAUAAUCAAGAGUAUAAAACUGAUAUAGAACUAAGAGGGGUAGUUGAUGUGAGCAAGUCCAAGGUGCAAAUGUUUGGUACAAAGGUGGAGAUCACCAUGAUUAAAGCGGAACCCGGAACAUGGUCGAAGCUAGAUUUUCCACGGGAGAGUAAACCCAAUGCAGAGCAAAUUCAGAAGCAGUUGGAAGAGGAAAAGCGAAAAGAAGAGGAUGAUGAUUCAGACGUGGAUCUAGACGACAUCCAGCCGGCGUGUAGUACAGCUACACUCAAGGAAAUCAAAUGAUCCGUACUGCCACCUAGCAUAAAAAGAAUGGAAAGCAGAAAGGGUCUCAGAGACCGAACUACUAAACUGUGUUCUAAAAUAAACUCAAUACAAUAGUCAUUCGAUAAUUUGACUUUUUCAACAGGAUUUAUGUUUAAGAGGGCGUGCGUUAAUUGGGCUGCACAGCUGUUGUGUAUCAAUAAUAGACGUCAUCAUCAAUUUGAA